AUGAGCCCCAUCCGGAUCGGACUGACGCGAGCUCUGCUCGGCGCGCUUCUGCUUUGCCAGCCUGUACUCGGCGUUCCGGGUGUUGCCAAGGUGCUUCCACAAGCAUGUGCAUCCUCUACUUCAUCCGCGCCGACGGCUAGAACAGCAGCCACCGCCGCGACUAUCUGCAACGGCCGCGCGGAAUACUGUACGCGCUCUUAUUCAAAUGUGACUUUUAUGGGCUCGCACGACUCGGCGUUUGUCGGGGAGCUGCCCCAGCAGAACCAGAACAUCGAUAUCAAGGCGCAGCUGGACAUGGGGAUCAGGUUCCUGCAGGCACAAACCCACCAUUCUAUCACAGAUGACAAAGUCCUGGAACUGUGCCAUACUUCCUGCUGGCUCGAGGAUGCAGGAACCCUCAAGUCAUUCCUAGGGACUGUCAAGGGCUGGUUGGACGACAACGUAAACGAAGUGGUUACCCUGCUUCUGACAAACGGGGACUCGGUUGCUAUCUCCGAGUUCGGAGAUACGUUCUCCAGCAGUGGCAUUGAUUCCUAUGCGUUUGUCCCAUCCUCCAGCCCGAAUACACUUCCGUUCGAUAGCUGGCCCACUAUUGGUGAUUUGAUCUCGAGCGGGAAGAGACUUGUAGUAUUUCUGGACUAUGGUGCCGACGCUACAAAGGUUGACUAUAUUCUCAAUGAGUUUGACUAUUACUUUGAGACGCCGUACGACGUGACCGACCCCUCCUUCUCGAACUGCAGCAUUAACCGUCCCCCCGGUGCCUCUGCAUCAGGCCGCAUGUACAUCGUCAACCACUUUCUGGAUGUAGAUAUUCUGGGUAUCCUGAUCCCGGACCGCGACCAUGCCUCCAUAACCAAUGCAGCAACUGGUGUUGGUAGUCUUGGGGCGCAAGCAGCUGAAUGCGAGGCGCUAUAUAACCACGCUCCGAACGCAAUGCUGGCAGAUUUUGUUGACAAGGGCGAUGUGAUUGCCGCACAGAACGCACAGAAUGGAUUUUAG